GAGUCGGACAGUUUGACAGUCACUCACUGAGGGUUGGCAUCGCCUUGCGCACAGACACAACUUCUCCGCUGCGCGUCUAGUCGCUCACGCCAGUCCGCCUUCUGUCCUCAUGUUUAGGAUGCUACAAACACCGCAGCUCCGCCAAGGCUUGAUUGCGCUUUUCAUGUGGUUCACUCACUUUAUGGAGGACCACAAAGUCCAGGGUGAGUAUGCUAUGAUUAAUUAUGUGAUGUGGCAUAACUUUUUAAGGUCAAGUUGUAGGCGACAUUUGUAAUUGGUUCAUCAGUCCAUGGGAACAUUUAGUGAACCUAGUGAGAUACAGUAGUGUCUUAUCUCAUGCAAAAUGGAAAGGCGACUGCAUGGGUGUGUAACUUUGAGUUAUAUCUUUGUGUCUGACUUUCUGGACUGAAUUCAGUUGUUAUGUACUUUCAAGUUUUUUCCACUUCCAAAUUACAAAAUGUUCUAAGGAAACGCGGUACCAAGCUCAGUAAAUGCAUCUUUCAUAUAGGUCAUAAGAACAUAUGGGUGAUUAUGUACUUAAUGAUUGGUGAUUGUAUCUAAAACUAAAUAUGCUGGCUCUAAUGGAGUUCAUCAAAACAUGCCAUGAAUCAUAAAAUUACGCAUAAGUACUCUGAAGAAGGAAUCUACACUUAGCUAAACUAUUGCAUACGGAGAUUGGUCAACAUGACUCCUUAUACCUUUACAAGUGGGUCAAUGUCCUACGAGCUGAGCUGAGACAGAUGGACUGGUGAGUACCAAGGAGGAGUUACGCGCGGCUCCUCUCGUGCGGCCUUUGGUGAAAUCCCGCUGCGUUGGGAUUUAUUGGUCUUUACGCAAUCAGACACAUUUGGCACAGCCUGUAUUGUAGAACUUCGCUCUAAACACACACACACACACACACACACACACACACACACACACACACACACACACAUAUAUAUAUAUAUAUCCAUUUAUGCUUUUUUGUUUAGAGCAAAGUUCCAGGGUGCUAUAGGGGAAAAUGGGGUAUUGUUUAUAAUAAUAUAAUAUGCCAUUUAGCAGACGCUUUUAUCCAAAGCGACUAGCCUGCUCAAAUAAUGCUAUACUUUACCGUUAUACCCGUGAUAUGAGACGUUAAUUGGACAUGGACUGUCUCUCUCUAGCCGGUAACUGCUGGUUGCAGCAGGGAAAGAACGGCCGGUGCCAGGUGCUCUACAUGUCCGGGAUGACCCGGGAGGACUGCUGCCGGAGUGGUCGUCUGGGCACGGCAUGGACCGAGGAAGACGUGCCCAACAGCACGCUGUUCCGGUGGAUGAUCUUCAAUGGAGGCGCGCCUAAUUGCAUACCUUGUAAAGGUGAGUGAAGUGGGUGGUAAUGAUGAAUAUCAUCAUUGCAAGUGGUGCAACAUUAUUCUGAAACCUGGUGGAACUUUUUGCAAGAAACUCCAACAUGUUAUAAAGUGUAUGGCAUGUAAUGUUAAAUAAUUACUCCCACAUAGUAUCCUGUAAUAAUGGGUUUUGAUAAAGGCAUUUGUCCUUAUAUCAGACGGACCCAUUAUGCAUGAUGACCAGUUCCUCCAUCCAUCGACCCAACCAUCCAUCCAUCCAUCCAUUUCAGAAACAUGCGACAGUGUCGACUGUGGUCCUGGGAAGAGAUGCAAGAUGAACAAGAGGAACAAGCCUAGGUGUGUGUGUGCUCCGGACUGCUCUAACGUCACAGGGCGGGGGUCCGUCUGUGGGUCUGAUGGAAAGUCCUACAGGGACGAGUGCACCAUGCUCAGGGCCCGAUGCAGAAACCAUCCCGACCUGGAGGUGCAGUAUCACGGGCGCUGCCGCAGUAAGUCCCUCUCAGGAUUAGGAUAGCAAAAUUCUGGAAAUUUUCCCCAAAUUCGUACGUUUUCCAGAUACAGUAUCCCAGUUGUAGCAUACCUCCCUGUUUAUUCCCUUCUGAUUCUGGGAAUUAUUGGAAACGUUUCAGGAAUUUUGCAACCCAGCCAGUUCAUUUAUACAGGGUCAAAUGAGGACAUGCUCUCACUUUCAGUGAGGACCUUUGCCAGACUUAGCUUCCAUUUCCAGUCUUUUACAUAUAUGUAUUAUUUUGGAAACAGUUGUCUGACUUGUGAGACUAUGCCAGUCUUAGGUUAAAAGACUGUUUGCCCAUGUAUGGCACAAGGGGCUUACUAUACAGUGGGGGGAAAAAAGUAUUUAGUUAGCCACCAAUUGUGCAAGUUCUCCCACAGGCCUGUAAUUUUCAUCAUAGGUACACGUCAACUAUGACAGACAAAAUAAGAAAAAAAAUUCCAGAAAAUCACAUUGUAGGAUUUUUAAUGAAUUUAUUUGCAAAUUAUGGUGGAAAAUAAGUAUUUGGUCAAUAACAAAAGUUUCUCAAUACUUUGUUAUAUACCCUUUGUUGGCAAUGACACAGGUCAAACGUUUUCUGUAAGUCUUCACAAGGUUUUCACACACUGUUGCUGGUAUUUUGGCCCAUUCCUCCAUGCAGAUCUCCUCUAGAGCAGUGAUGUUUUGGGGCUGUCGCUGGGCAACACGGACUUUCAACUCCCUCCAAAGAUGUUCUAUGGGGUUGAGAUCUGGAGACUGGCUAGGCCACUCCAGGACCUUGAAAUGCUUCUUACGAAGCCACUCCUUCGUUGCCCGGGCGGUGUGUUUGGGAUCAUUGUCAUGCUGAAAGACCCAGCCACGUUUAAUCUUCAAUGCCCUUGCUGAUGGAAGGAGGUUUUCACUCAAAAUCUCAUGAUACAUGGCCCCAUUCAUUCUUUCCUUUACACGGAUCAGUUGUCCUGGUCCCUUUGCAGAAAAACAGCCCCAAAUAAUGAUGUUUCCACCCCCAUGCUUCACAGUAGGUAUGGUGUUCUUUGGAUGCAACUCAGCAUUCUUUGUCCUCCAAACACGACAAGUUGAGUUUUUACCAAAAAGUUCUAUUUUGGUUUCAUCUGACCAUAUGACAUUCUCCCAAUCCUCUUCUGGAUCAUCCAAAUGCACUCUAGCAAACUUCAGACGGGCCUGGACAUGUACUGGCUUAAGCAGGGGGACACGUCUGGCACUGCAGGAUUUGAGUCCCUGGCGGCGUAGUGUGUUACUGAUGGUAGGCUUUGUUACUUUGGUCCCAGCUCUCUGCAGGUCAUUCACUAGGUCCCCCCGUGUGGUUCUGGGAUUUUUGCUCACCGUUCUUGUGAUCAUUUUGACCCCACGGGGUGAGAUCUUGCGUGGAGCCCCAGAUCGAGGGAGAUUAUCAGUGGUCUUGUAUGUCUUCCAUUUCCUAAUAAUUGCUCCCAUAGUUGAUUUCUUCAAACCAAGCUGCUUACCUAUUGCAGAUUCAGUCUUCCCAGCCUGGUGCAGAUCUACAAUUUUGUUUCUGGUGUCCUUUGACAGCUCUUUGGUCUUGGCCAUAGUGGAGUUUGGAGUGUGACUGUUUGAGGUUGUGGACAGGUGUCUUUUAUACUGAUAACAAGUUCAAACAGGUGCCAUUAAUACAGGUAACGAGUGGAGGACAGAGGAGCCUCUUAAAGAAGUUGUUACAGGUCUGUGAAAGCCAGAAAUCUUGCUUGUUUGUAGGUGACCAAAUACCUAUUUUCCACCAUAAUUUGCAAAUAAAUUCAUUAAAAAUCCUACAAUGUGAUUUUCUGGAUUUUUUUUUCUCCAUUUGUCUGUCAUAGUUGACGUGUACCUACGAUGACAAUUACAGGCCUCUCUCAUCUUUUUAAGUGGGAAAACUUGCACAAUUGGUGGCUGACUAAAUACUUUUUUCCCCCACUGUACUUACUGCUUAUGACCUGGAGGCAGUAGACUAGGCAUUACUAGGCUCAGUGCCUAAAUUGGGCCAGGACUCACUCACUGGAAGACAUUACACACACUUCAGGGUGUGUGAGGCUGAGUAUCAACUAUUGUAGACUGGUGUAUCAACCUGAUUUACAACACAUUAUCUGGUGCAUGGGCACAGAAACAACUGGUUAAGACAACUUUAGAGUUAUGCAGGUCCAAAAAAGACCAGAAGUGUGAGGUGUAGUCUGUCAUCUGACUUGGGCAGUAUGGAAAGCUUAUAUAUUACUGCAAUAUAGCAGCAAGGGAAAACAAACAUCACAUGUGAGUGAAUACUCACCUGAUGUCACCUGAGAUUGGUGAAGUGAAACAUUUGAAUUGUGUGUAAUUGAAUGUUUCACAUGACAUGAACGAUGUCACAUAUGUCAGUCAUGCCUGUGUGUGUGUGCGUGUGUCUGUGUGUGUGCGUGUGCGUGUGUGUGUGUGUUUCCAUCCACAGAGACAUGUCAUGGAGUUCGCUGUCCUGGUAGCGCGUCGUGUGUCGUGGACCAGACGAAUAACGCCUACUGUGUGACAUGUAAUCACCAGUGUCCAGAGGUGACGUCACCAGACCAGUACCUGUGUGGGAACGAUGGUGUUGUUUACGCCAGUUCCUGCCACCUGAGGAGAGCCACGUGCAUCUUGGGAAGGUCCAUUGGUGUGGCCUACGAAGGGAAAUGCAUUGGUAAGUACUGGAGAGUCAAUAUGUGGAGUUGUAUGUAAAGUUGAUACAUCACUUGUAGAAUGGAGUUUCUGUACACUUAGAUCGAUGAAGAUUUGAGUGCUUUGAUGUGCCAAGCUUUCGGUCACAAAGACCUUUGUCAGAGCAUACUAGAGUAGUAGGCCUGCUGAGCAUCAAAAAACAUGUCUGUUCUGUCUGUUCAAAUUCACACAGACAGGGCACUAGGUCUAUUGGCGCCAUCACCAGAAUCAUGCUGUCUGUGUGAGUCAGAAAUGAAUCUGCGCUGGCCUGGGCCUGUGAGGGAGUGUAAUAAUAGCGUCUGAUGCUCUCUGUGUGUGUCUCCUCUCCAGACGCCAGGUCGUGUGAGGACAUUGUGUGCCGGGGAGCAAAGCGUUGUCUGUGGGAUGAAGCAAGUGGCCGUGGACGCUGCUCUGUGUGUGACGAGGCGUGUCCGGAAAGUCGCCAAGCCGAGAGUGUGUGCUCCAGCGACAACAACACUUACCCCAGCGAGUGUUCCAUGAGGCAGGCCGCCUGUGCUCAGCAGCGCCUCCUGGAGGUCAAACACUCAGGAUCCUGCAACUGUAAGUCUACGGUUGUGUCUGAAACGGCACCCAAUUCACUAUAUAGCGCAUUACUUUUGACCAGAGCGACGCAUCUAUUGAGAACUUAGGAGAAAGUGGCUCCUACUCCAAUACAUGUAUUUCCCCAGUCAGUUUACCCAACUGUUUACCCAAAGUUUACCCAAGGUCAUCAUUGAGGGGCAAAUCCUAACUGACACUUAGCCAAUUUUCACUUAGUCACAUUGACAUCAAUGCAUGACUAAGUUAAAAUGUUACUUAAGUGGAAGUUAGGAUAAGCCACUGAGGGAAAAGAAUGUGGGACCAACUCCAACCCAUCCCUCAUCCUAUUUUCACAAUGUGAUGUUAUGUUAAAGAUGUCUUAGUGUGCCUAUCACGGCAAAGUCACUUUCACAAAAACAACUUGCUUGUGAAAGUAUGAUAAUGUAGUCUCUAUCUCUCUCUGUGGAAGAAAUUAGCCUGGGGAUGAGGUUAGAUACAAUGUAAAGGCAAACCUUAUGACCGACCACCUCAUAAAUUGACCGUUAUUCUAUUGUUCCCGUGAUGUUUGGUUCAUUCAUAACAUGGAUGAAUGUCUCUCAGUGUAUCCUUCCUAUAAUUACCACAAUGCCUUGCAUUUCUCCUGUAAACAGUAAACAGUAAUGUUGCUGUGAUUAAAUUAUUUCAGCAUGUGGAUUAUGAGGACUGGGUUUUGGAUGAGUUGCUUUUUGGAUGGGGUUUCGACUACAUCUGCCUGUGGAUGUUUGUUUUGAAGAUAAAUAUUUUUAAAGGGCAAAUACCACACCAACAGGGUGGUCCUUUGCAGAAAUGGGAUAGGUCCCAGUCCCCUGUCUUGUGCAUCAUCUGAAAGCAGAGUUUCACAAUACAGAAAUUAAGUUGUAUUAUAUUGUAUUGUAAGGAUGAGUAUAUGAGCUCUGUUCUGUUCUCUCUAUCUUCAGGUUUAAACCUGGUUUAAACCACUGAGCCAACAGACCCUCAUACACCACCACGACCACCACUGCCCUGCCCAGCCCAGCCAACACCCCAGCGUCUCAGCCUCCCAGGACCCAGCUUCUAUCAUAACCAGAAUCACCUUGCUUCAUGUCCCAUAUUCUGGUCCAUGGGAGAAGAAGACUGUCAGUGAAUCAAGUCAAGGAAAAGAAGCUAAAUGUUGCAGUGAGAUUCUGUGCUGUUGUUAUGUUCACUGAUGCAACAGCAAGUGGACCAUUUGUUCUUCCAUAUAUUCAGCAUCAGACAUGGAACUUUGAGGAAAAGGAGGAUGAAGAGGAGGAUGAAAAGGAUCUUCUCAAUCAAUACGUCCUCCAAAACAGACCGGAUGAUAAACAUUCAUAAUAGCUGAACAGUGUUUCAGCUCAGCCACAGA